AAUUACCACUGUUUAGAGGACACCAAUCAUACUACGCCACGUAACCUCACGACCGUGAGGUAAACCCCACCAGAACGCUCACGCAUCUCUCUUCUCCCUCUUCUUGUGCCCGAAUCAAAGAUCUGCAACUCUUUCUCUCUCUUUCUCACUGUCUCGUUUUCCCAUGUUUUCUCUCUCUGACUUACCAUGACGGAACCAACGGAGCCAUCCACCUCAUCUUCAUUGGCGAGGGACCCAGGCACCGUGAUUCACCCAAGGCGCGAGCCCUUCGAACACGGUCUCUUGCCAAUCCCACGACUCAUCUUCUCCGACCCCGCGCAAACCCUAAUUCCGUUGAAGCAGAAGCUUCUACAGUUAUCCUCCAACCAGCGAGUCGACUCGGUGGCCAUCUCCGACUCACUUCAGAUCUCCAUUGAGCACGCCAGGCUCGUCCUCGAUACCCUCGCCUCGAUUCUGCACUCCGAUUCCGAACCUCUCACCGCCGCAAAGUUCGGCGAAAUCGAUUCCGUCGGCGUCGACGUGCAUGAUCUGGUAUUGUUCCUCUACAUUCAAUCCUACAAGAGACUCCUCCCGCGGACGCACAAGGACUCCGCCGCCAUCGCCGAUGUCUGGCCUUCUACUUCCGCCUUCGAUGGCUACUUAUCCGCUCUCUCGCCGCUUCAGCUUGUACGCAGCAACAGUCGGCGGUUUAUGCCUUCUCAGGCCGAUGAAGAGGCACAUCAGUUGUCGUAUCUCCAGAAACACUUGGCUAACAUAAUGUCUCUUUUAGCAGAGCCUGUAGAGGGAGAAGGCGAAGAGUCUCUGGUUUUAACAAUGGAUAGAUUCGAGCAUCUUGGGUUUCUAUUUCAGUUUGGUGAUAAGGGAUUGGAAGGAAAUUCUUUUAGUCAAUGUUCUCCUUUUUUUGCAAACUCAGACCCUGACAUGCCUGCUGUUCCUGUUCCUGCUGCACAAGUUCAUGAUUGGCUUCUGCAAAACAUAGUGGCUACUUUGGAAUAUAUUUCUGAACGAACUUCUUCUAAGGAAAAUGGCCCAUCUAGUGCCUCUGAUCAGGAUGUUGCCAUGACUGAUGCAAGUACUGUGUCAGUUAAGGUCUCAACAAGUAAUAGAGGUGCUAGUUUCAUUGAAGGGAUAUCUAAGUCAUCAUAUACGAAGAAUGCAUCUGACAUUAAAGGUUCUUCUGUGAAGGUUCUUAAUUGCCACGAGUCUGCCAUCUACAUCCUAGCACCAUUGAGAUACGCCACUGUCUAUGGAUGUUCGGAUGCAACAAUAGUUCUUGGAGCAGUUGGCAAGGCUGUGAGAGUAGAACACUGUGAACGUGUUCAUGUAAUUGUAGCAGCAAAACGUAUUUGUAUUGCUAAUUGCCGUGAAUGUAUUUUCUUUUUGGGAGUGAAUCAGCAACCACUUAUGCUUGGUGAUAACCAUAAGCUGCAGGUGGCUCCCUAUAAUACAUUUUACUCCCAAUUGGAGGAGCAUAUGAAUGAAGUUGGAAUUGUUCCUACAGUGAACCGGUGGGAUGAACCUCUUGCAUUGGGCAUGGUUGAUCCUCAUGAUUCAUUAUCUCAUCCAGCAGGUGUUUCUGAUGUUCAAGCCGAGUCUGCUACCCAGGUGGACCCUGAUCAGUUCACUAGUUUUGUGAUUCCGAGCUGGCUUGGAGGAGACUCCACUGGUUCUGCACAAGGCAAUCCAUUCACUCUACCAGAUGCUUACAAGGCAUCUCAGCAUAAAAAUCACAAAAAUUUAGGGGAGAUAAGGCAACUCAUAAGGGAAGCAUCUUUAGAAGAAAGUCGCAAACGAGAGUUGUCAUCUGCACUCCAUGUGUACUUCAAGGACUGGUUAUAUGCUUCUGGAAACAUUCGUCAGCUUUAUUGUCUACAAGGCGAUUGAUCUUUGGCGGAUUGUGCAAUGAGACAAUUAGCAUUAAUGAUGGUACAGGAACGAGGUUUCUGGCUUCCUUUUUGAACUUCCUCUUCAAUUCCUCUCGCCAAUUCUAUUGGCUGCACGGGUAGCUGAGAUCAGAGUGCCCACCUAUUUAUGCCGUGACAUCAGAGGGGCACACAAUCGAAUGAAAAAUACAGUUGCUAAUCUGAUUGUAAUAUUUUUUGUUUGUGAAAAUAAUUACUGUAAUAUUUUGUUAGCCUAAAUUAAUGGCCUUUUGUGAAAAAUUCCAUAUGCCAACAUCUAGUGUACUGCAUUGCACGUCUUCCAACUUCGAGCUGUUCUAUUUAAUUGAACAUCCCGUGACUUUGUGUUGGGUGCUCUUGUGAAUUAA